UUGAGAGGACUGUGUCUGAAUCAAGGGCCAUCAUUUUUCCUUGUUGUUGGUUGUACCUUUUACUUUUUACCUUAUUUCUAUCGGUUACCUUACAAAAUGAACAUCUUUAGAUUAACUGGUGACUUAUCGCAUUUAGCAGCUAUCUUGGCCUUGAUAUGGAAAAUCUGGAAGAGUCGUUCUGUAGCUGGUCUCUCUGGCAAAAGUCAAAUUUUAUUUGGCUUGGUUUUUGCAACUCGAUACCUUGAUCURUUUACUAGCUUCAUUUCUGUGUACAACUCAGUGAUGAAAUGUAUCUAUCUCMUAUGUUCGUGGGGUACCGUGUACCUGAUGUACUUGAAAUUCAAGGCAACAUAUGACUCCAAUCAUGACACCUUCCGUGUGGAGUUUCUUCUUAUCCCAGUAGCAGGAUUGGCCUGUUUGGUUAAUCAUGAAUUCUCUGUUAUGGAGGUUCUUUGGACUUUCUCCAUCUAUCUAGAGUCAGUUGCUAUCCUUCCUCAGUUGUUCAUGAUUUCAAAGACUGGUGAAGCAGAGACCAUUACCAGCCACUAUCUCUUUCUUCUUGGCAUGUACCGUGCACUUUACAUUGUCAACUGGGUUUACCGUUACUACUUUGAAGGAUUCUAUGACUUUAUUGCGAUUGUUGCUGGUUGUGUACAAACUGCCCUCUACUGUGAUUUCUUCUACUUAUACAUUACAAAAGUUCUAAAAGGAAAAUCCCUUAAACUGCCAGCCUAAAGUUCACAACCCAAAUCAGAUUCAUUUCAUGGUGGAGAAUAUUAUCAAAGUUACUUGUAACUAUAUGWUUUCAUGAAAGCCAUUAGAAAUACUGUGUUAUACAGGCUGACAGUUUUUUGCGCAUUGCUACUUUGGCUUUCUGGUACUUUUAUAUAUGGUCUAGUUCACUGAAAUAAUAUGAAGAGAAAUAUAAUAUUGUAACUUAAAAGAUAGUAUGUUAUUUUUAUGUCAGUAGCAAAAUGUCUGUCAGAAUGAUGUUUUCUAAAAAARUUUUGUUAUGAAAACUUAGUCAAUGCAUGUUAAGUAAGGGAAUUUAUUAGAGAUAUUUACCAAACUCAUGAAGGGUGUUACAAUAUUAUUUUCAACAAAAUAAACUAUGGAUGAAAAGUAUAUUUCAAUACCAGUAGUCCAAUUUAGCUAUAGGAUGUAUUGAAAUUAUARCAACUGUUUCAUUCAAAAGCUACUGUGUCAUGAAUAAGGUCUGAAUGUUUCCACAUGCCAUUUAUUUGGAUGCUAACUGUWUGUAAACCAAGCUUUUUCUUAACUCAGUUYGCAYUGAGUUGAGGUUCAUAAGUUAUUGACUAAACCCCUACUUCAAGGARCUUAUUAUAGUUAGGGUGGCUUUUUGCCUAUCAAGAGCAAUUUGCAUGCACAUGUUUGUUGUUGUUGCUGUUGUUUUUUCAUUCAUAUUGUGCCAUCUUGUGCCAUAUGCAUAAACAUCAGGGAAAAACAUGCUUCUCAUCUAAUGACAGUUGAGGCAUACUAUCUACAUGUAGAUCAAAURACAUUAGUUAUAGUAUACUUUACUUUGAAAAUUCCUGCUGUAUAAUAUAUAACAAUAAAUUAUAUGGUUUUAAACUCAUCAUAGCUUUCUUUGCUCUAGAGAGGAGCUCAAGUAUUUCUAGAAGCUUUUAAUCCAGGUGGUAACUAAAAUUGUAAACAAUGAUAUUGAUAAGUGUAUUCUGUUCAGAGAAAUUAUAGAUCACUGUCAAAAUUUCAGUUAGAGACAAAUAAUAAACAAUCUUUAUUAUUAA